UCAGGGUCAAAGAGGAUUGCAAGGCGAAAACCAGAAACAAUGACAGGGAAAGGGGUGAAGACUUAAAGGAGGCUGGCUAGCGUUAUCAUAACUUUAAAACAGAUCAGGAAACUCCAACUCCCACCUCUCCGUCCUCUCUGUAACAUUCUACUAAUAGUAAUCUAACAAUCUACGUGUUCUUUAAUGGGCAUUGGUCGUUGUUGUAGUUGCAUCAACCCUCUCAAAACCCCACCCAACCUUCCCUAAAACCUCUAAAUCCUCUCCAAUAUAUAUACCCCUUCCAACACCACAAAGAAAACCCAAUUCACAUCACUCUAUAACUCUUUUGAAAAACCCAACUUCUUUUCUUUUUUGCUCUUUUAGAAGGAAAAAGAAGAAGAAAAAAAAUCCAGACUUUUGAAUUACCCAUCAUCAUGAGUGGUCAAGAGAAUAGUUCAAGCAAUGGAGUUCAGAUCCGGCAGAGUAGGAGAUUGCCUGAUUUUUUACAAAGUGUCAACUUGAAGUAUGUUAAACUUGGUUACCAUUAUUUAAUAAGUCAUCUUUUGACACUUUGUUUGGUCCCUUUAAUGGCUGUUAUUAUUGUUGAAGCAUCAAGGUUGAACCUUGAUGACAUCCACCAAUUAUGGCUUCAGCUUCAGUAUAAUCUGGUCAGUGUCGUUGUGUUCUCUGCUAUCCUUGUGUUUGGAUCAACCGUCUACAUCAUGACCCGACCAAGAUCCGUUUUCAUGGUGGACUACUCUUGUUAUCUCCCUCCUCCGCAUCUGAAAGUCAAGUACCAACAGUUCAUCGAACAUUCCGCGCUGACGGGUGAUUUCGAUGAAUCCUCUUUGGAGUUUCAACGCAAGAUUUUGGAACGAUCAGGGCUUGGAGAAGAGACUUGUGUGCCUGAAGCAAUGCAUUACCUGCCUCCAAGACCAUCAAUGGCUGCUGCAAGAGAAGAGGCAGAGCAGGUGAUGUUUGGUGCUUUGGAUAAUCUUUUUGCUAAUACUAAUGUUAAGCCGAGAGAUAUUGGAAUUCUUGUGGUUAAUUGUAGUUUGUUUAAUCCAACUCCUUCACUGUCUGCUAUGAUUAUCAAUAAGUAUAAGUUCAGGGGAAAUAUUAGGAGUUUUAAUCUUGGGGGUAUGGGAUGUAGUGCUGGGGUUAUAGCUGUUGAUCUUGCUAAGGAUAUGUUGCAAGUUCAUCGAAAUAGUUAUGCUAUUGUUGUUAGUACUGAGAACAUCACACAGAAUUGGUAUUUUGGGAACAAGAAAUCAAUGUUAAUACCAAAUUGUUUGUUUAGAGUUGGGGGUGCUGCCGUUUUGUUGUCAAAUAAAUCCGCAGAUCGAAGGAGGAGUAAGUAUAAGCUUGUUCAUGUGGUGAGGACACACUGUGGGGCCAAUGACAAGGCAUUUAAGUGUGUUUAUCAGGAGCAGGAUAAUGCUGGGAAAACUGGGGUUUCUUUGUCUAAGGAUUUGAUGGCAAUUGCUGGUGGUGCACUCAAGACUAACAUCACUACAUUGGGUCCCCUUGUUCUUCCUAUAAGUGAGCAAAUUUUGUUCUUUGUAACUUUGGUUGCUAAGAAGUUGUUCAAUGCAAAAAUCAAGCCUUAUAUCCCAGAUUUCAAGCUUGCUUUCGAUCAUUUCUGCAUUCACGCUGGGGGGAGGGCUGUGAUUGAUGAGCUUGAGAAGAAUUUGCAGCUUCUGCCAGUACAUGCUGAGGCCUCUCGGAUGACACUCCACCGGUUUGGUAACACCUCAUCGAGUUCAAUUUGGUAUGAGCUGGCGUAUACAGAGGCAAAGGGCAGGAUGCGCAAGGGGAACCGUGUUUGGCAGAUUGCUUUUGGGAGUGGUUUCAAGUGUAACAGUGCAGUGUGGGUGGCCAUCCGCAAUGUGAAGCCCUCUCCUAAUAAUCCCUGGGAAGAGUGCAUUCACAGGUAUCCCGUGCAGCUUGCUCUGUAGCUCAAGUACAAGUUGGUUAUUGACUCUUAAUUAGAAAACGGCAACCGGAUGAAGUAACCAGGCAAUUUCUAUGUUCGUUUCUUACUGGCUUGAAUUUUUUUCUUUUUUAAAAUUUGUUGGGUCCUGUAAUGUGGUGAUCUUUGGCCUCUUGGGGGUUAUAAUGUCUUUUGGUUGAAUGUCAUGAGUAUAUACUACUUGAACGUCAUCUUGUACUUUAAUGAUUUAUAUUAUGGUGAAUACAGUGUUUGUAUUUCAAUGGCGUCUGAUUUUAUA